AUGAUUACGAUUAUGAUGCUGCAAGGAAUGCCUCCGCGGAGGAGGCGAUCUGGAAGGGUACGAAAUCGAUACUUGCUAGCGCAUCUCCAACUCCAGCUCAGUGGUUCUGCCUCAUUUGUGAAUUUUUUUUUUAUACAAGUCAAAGCCGUAAUCGAGCAAGCCGACGAAGCCCACCGACUCUUUUCCGACACCAACCCUCUAGCCAACCUCAUCAAUCUGGACUCUGCUUCCAGCACUAGUAAGAUGACUCCUGAGGAGAGGAGGGAGCAACAGAAGAAUGAGAAGGCAUUGCAUGCUAGUAGUCUUCAUAAGAGCUUGACGCCAAUGAAAGACAAGCUUUUCUAUCUUGGCGCCGAAGCCUUGCUAGGUCAGAUUCUCUGA